UCAUUUCGGGUGGCGAAAUUGCUUCAAAAUUAAAUUUUUUACAAUUUUUAUCGAUUAAUCGUCUUAAAAUUGCAUUUUUCGGAUGAAAUUCAGGUACAAAAGCUGCGACAAUUGAUCGGUUUGGUAUUCGCAAGUCAUCGUCAUCCAUUGCAAAACAUGGCUGAUGCACUGAAAUUAGAUGACAUUCUAUCGUGCCCUGUGUGCUUCGACACGUUCAAGCCGCACAAAAAAAUCCUGCAAUGCACUCAAGGACACGCGAUUUGCGAGACAUGUCACGAAAAAUUGGACAAUUGUCCCGUUUGCAAGGAAGAACUCAAGGGCACACGGAAUUUCGUGAUGGAAGAAAUGGUCAAAAAAUUGCGGCGCUUGAGUACGGGAGCCCUAAUGAGCUUAGAUGAUGACGUUACGCCUCCAACUUCGCAAGCCAAAGGUGUUUCUGAGGAUCAAACCGACGACGAUGACACGGAAAGUGAUGAUGCAAUUGAAAAAAGUGCCGCCGAACGUAAGAAGGAAGAACGUAAGGCAAAGAAAAAGGAAAAAAUGAAGUUAAAGAAGCAACAAAAACAACAAAAAGAUGCCUCGGAACAACCUUCAACGUCAUCGGGAAGCACAAAUCCCACGCAAACAUCGCCCUCCGUCAAACGUGCCAACAGCGAUGUCGAACAAAAUGUCGAAACAAAGCGCCAAAAGACAAUUUUACGCGAAAAAUUGUCUCUCAACUCGCCGCCUCAGCCAAAAGGACUCUUUCCGUGCCCCACAAACGACAAAAAUGACCCUCUUCAAAAGUGCCAAAGCCAAAUUCCCUUUUGUCGCUUAUACAAUCACCUCCGUUCCUUGCAUGCCGAUCGCCUAAUUGAAACGGAAACCAUUGUCGGGCAAGAUAAUUUGAUCGCACGUUGCGAAUUCGAGAUCCCGGUGCCCGUUUCAGACUAUCGACAUGUCAUCAAAGUCAAAGAAUUCGGGCUUUUUGUGCUUGUUUUCUCCGCUGAACGGGAAAUUUUCGGCGAUGAAUGCACCGUGAACCGCGUUACGGGUUUCGUCAAGAUGGUUGGGACUGUCAGUGCCGCCAAACACUUUAACUACAAGCUGGAAGUCGCAAUUGGGAAAUACGUUGCGAAUUGUACGGAUAUGUGUCAUUACUCGUUCACGGAUGAAAACUCGAUUUUGCUCACGGAUCAAUGUUUGGCGCUGAAAGUCAGCAAGUUGUCACGUUUUGCGAGAAUCAAGUUGGAAUUGUCGAAGAACACGGGGAGUCGUACAAGACAACCGUUGACGACAAAUGUGCAGAUUAUCCCGAAUUUUGGAUCGAGCAAUCAUCAGGGCGAGGCGUCGUCGCACAAUCGAAAUCAGCAAAAGAAGAAAAAGAAGAAUAAGAAACAUUGAAAAGAAGGAACUUUGUGAUUAUCGAAUUUUUUUUGAAAACUUGAAAACUGAAUCUUAUAUACUAAAAUGAUUAAUUAGUAACUUAUGCCAAUAAAAGUUUACCUUUACAGUUCAAAACUGAAAAUUAA